UAUUGCAAUCGAUAUUUCUUAAUCGACGGACAACAACAAAGAAUAUAAAAGUUUAUGAAAACACAACAAAAUUAGACAAUUUGGAAAUUUAUCUUGUCCCUAAGAUGGCCUAUAAUUACCUGCAGCCAGUAAACAAUCACUUUGAUGACGUGGACAAGUUCGAGGACGUGGACGAUGAGCUUUUUUUGCAGAACAAGCGAACUGGAGCACCCAAGGCUCCGCAGCAGCGGAGCACUAAUCCCUUUGAAAUUGAGGAUGAUGACGAAGACGAGAUAACCUCAUCGCCCUCGGUGGCCGCCCAGCGACUGGCUUAUGCGGAAAAGAGGAGGGCCAUCGAGCAGCGAACUCUGGACUCCACCAACAAGAGCUUGGGCUUGCUCUACGAAACCCAGGAGGUGGGCAAGGCCACGGCCGUGGAGCUGGCCAAGCAAAGGGAGCAGUUGGAGAAGACCUCCCACCAGCUGGAUGAGAUCAACUCUACGCUGCGCUUUAGCCAGCGGCACCUGACUGGCCUUAAGAGCGUCUUUGGCGGCCUGAAAAACUACCUCUCCGGCAACCGGGAUCAGCCCUCCUCCGCUGCCGGUUCGCCCACGGCCAGUCAGUCCUCCCAGGAGGCCAAUAGCAACAUUGAUUUGGGUGCUUGUGGCGGAGCAAGUCCCUCCGCUCCGCUUUCUCCAGCCGAGCGCUACGACAAUCAUCCAGUAAGCCAGCUACGCGGCGAUCCCAGCAGUACCUACCGUACCCAGCGGCAAGCGGGAAAUCCCUUCCAGGCCCAGAUCGAUGCCAAUUUGGAGGAAAUGUGCAGCAAUCUGUCGGUGCUAAAGAUGUUGGCCACUGAUCUGGGUGGCGAAAUUGAGUCGCAGAACGAACUGCUGGAUAAUAUGAACUAUAAAAUCGAAGAUGUCGACUUAAAGAUCCACAAGCAGAACAAAGACAUGAGCAAGCUGCUAAAGAAGUGAACGGGGAAUCGUCAAAUACCUUAUAUUAUUUACUGCAUCCUUAGAAUAGCCCCCUUUAUUAUACAAAUCAUAGUCAUACCGCAUAUCGCAUGAUGAGCAUUACACAACGCCAUUAAGAAUGCAUUCCUCAUUAUGUUUGUUAGUUUUUUAUUAUUACACUACAAAAAGAUUUUCUCGUUGGAGUGCUUGUGUUUGGAGAGCGAUAAGUGUUCAAUUUUGAAUAAACAUUCAUAUUAAACGGAA